AUGCUGCGUGGCGAUCUACUUGGCUUCGUGUGCUGGCGUGCGGGCCAUCCUUAUUUGUUUGGCAUUGAGUACAUUGCACUUGCGGGUUUUUGCGCUUGCUCAGACCUGUUGUCGGAUUUAGAGCGCCUCCUCGGCAGCGGUGCAGGCUUGUGGGCUGCAUUAAUUCCCUGCAGUGUGUACAAAUACGGGGAAUGUGAAUAUUUCCAUCUUGUGGUGUGCGCCCCGCCUGGGUUAACGGGCACCUUCACGCUACACUCUAAAACGGCAAGAUCUUGCGCCUUUACGCACGGCACAUCCCCGGAGCGUUUCGCCACAUACACGCAGAGUGGAUACAGAGCGUGGAGGAUGAGGUACGGCUGUGUGGUCCUCACCGCAGGCUUCAAUGGAUUGUUAAGUUUCUCCCUUCUGGCUGUGGCUAUCGGGACUGAUUAUUGGUAUAUUAUUGAUCUGAAUAAACCCAACUCCACAGCGUCCGAGGACUAUAAUUCACAUUCUGGACUGUGGAGAAUCAAUGAAGGCGCAAACAAGAGCUCAGUCAUCCCGUCCUUCAUGGCCAACACGUCGAGCCUGUCAGAUGUGGAAAAGGAUCUUCUCACUCUGCACAAGAUGGUGGUGAUCCUGCUGCCUCUCAGCCUCAUCCUGCUGGUAUUCGCUUGGAUCGUUGGACUCGUGAGCUCCUUGGCCUGUAGUCCCAAGCUGCUGGCCGGAUCAGCAGUCUACAUUCUCUUCUCCAGUCUCUUUACUCUGGCUGGCCUCUGCAUCUACAUCCGCUACUCCAACCAAGCCAUGGAGGAGUUCCAGCGCGUGGUGCCUCUGGAGGUCCUCGUCUAUGUGCACACGUCUUUCGGGUGGUCCUUUGCUUCUGCCUGGAUCUCCUUCAGUCUGGAGGUGAUGGCGGGGCUGAUCGUCCUGCUCGCUGCUCGGAUCAGCCAAAUGAAAGGACACUAUGAUUCAGGAGUAGCUAUUGCCAUGUUGUGA